CGAUCGUCCUCUUGAAAAGGCCCCCUGAACAUGAGUCCGUACAAUUUUGGUAGACGACCUUCAAUCUGCAAAGUGGAUUCUGCAGCCAGAACUAGCCUUGGGGCUGCACAUCCCUUCGUCGUACUACACUUGUGUACCAUCCUUCACCAUGACGUCCGACAGCCGCGCAUCACCUGCAACCAAGACGUCCGACGUACGCCAGACGAGCAUGAUCGAUGAUGCUCACAAUGUCCCUGAAGAAGCGGCUUUUGCGCUCACCGGUAGUACCAGCCCUGGCGUCAAGCGCAUGGAGGCCGUCGCGCGGCACAUGAGUCGUCCAGGGCGUGUCAUGCUGUUUGUGGGCAUCUUCAUCGUCGCCUACGUCUACUCGCUCGACAUAUCGCUCCGCUACGCCUACCAGCCCACCGCCACCGACAGCUUCAGCACGCACUCGCUCCUGGCCACCGUCUCCGUCCUGCGGAGCGUCAUCGCCGCCGCGGCCCAGCCCACGUCGGCCAAGAUCGCCGACGUCUUUGGCCGCAUGGAGCUGCUGCUGCUCUCCAUUCUCUUUUACGUCGUGGGUACAAUCGUCGACGCUACUUCGAACGGCGUGGAGGCGUUUUCGGCCGGCGCGGUGCUGUACCAGGUCGGCUUCACCUGCGUGUCGUUCCUCGUCGAGGUUAUCCUCUCCGACGUCACGUCCCUGCGCGCCCGGCUGCUCUUCUCGUACGUCCCCGUCAGCCCGUUCCUCAUCAACGCCUGGGUCAGCGGCGACGUCGCUGCUGCAGCGUUGGACAGGAUCGGCUGGCGCCUGGGGAUUGGCAUGUGGGCCGUCAUCUAUCCCAUGUCGACCAUCCCGCUCUUCGCUGCCAUGUGGUGGGCUCACCGCCGCGCGAAACGGGCAGGCGAUCUGGGCAAGUACAAGACGCCGUUCCAGCUCCUCGGGGGCGGCGCGCUCGCCAAGGCGCUGUUCUGGCAGCUCGACGUGAUAGGCAUGGUGCUGAUGAUUGCGGUGCUCGCCCUCAUCCUCGUGCCGUUGACGCUUGCCGGAGGCUCCUCGACGACGUGGCACCAGGGACACAUCAUCGCGCCCCUCGUCAUCGGCAUGCUCUGCAUCCCGGCUUUUGUGUUUUGGGAGGCCAAGGCCAAGCAUCCCAUGAUCCCCCUUCACCUGCUCAAGGACCGCAUGGUCUGGGGUGCGCUCGGGGUCAUUGCGGCCAUGAACUGCGCCGCCGCCGUUCAGGGCGACUACCUCUACACCGUCCUCGUCAUCUCGUUCAACCAGUCCGUCCUUAGCGCCACGCGCAUCACGAAUCUAUAUUCCUUCACGGCCUGCCUGACGGGUCUGUUCUUCGGCGUCGUCGUGUACAAGCUGAGGCGCCUCAAGUGGAUCAUCGUCUGCGGCUCAGGGCUUCACCUCGUCGCGUUCGGACUGCUGAUACAGUUCCGCGGCGGCGGCGGGGCCGACUACGCUGGCAUGGUCGGCGCGCAGGUGCUCUUGGGCGUCUCGUGCGGCAUGUUCACCUACGCCGCCCUCGCGAGCAUCCAGGCGGCAACGCGGCACGAGCACCUCGCUGUCAUCACGGGCGUGUACUUUGCGUGCUUCAACGUCGGGGGCGCCAUCGGCAACGCCAUCUCGGGCGCCAUCUGGACGCAGCUCCUGCCGGGGCAGCUGCAGCAGGACCUGGCGCCGUUUGGCAACGAUACGCUCCCGGGCCUCGUAUACGAGUCGCCCUUUACCACCAUUGAGGGGUACCCGUGGGGCUCUCCCGAGAGAGACGGGGUCGUGGCGUCGUAUAGGCACACGCAGAGGAUCCUAUGCAUCACGGGCAUCUGCAUCGCGUCGUUGGUCUGCGUCUUCGCGCUGUGUCUCCGCGAUCCGCGGUUGACGGAUGAGCAAUCUCUGCCCAACGCCGAGGUCAAAGCCAAGCCGUCGGACGCCGAACUUGUAUCAAAGGCAGCUCGCUAACGGUGCGAACGAUGAACCAUACAGAGUAAACGGACCCUAAUAGUGUGGAUUGAAUUCAAAGUCUCCUGUACGAAGUGCUCUUUCUACGGACUCGUGCUGGCUACUGCCAAUCGAGAGCUUUGCUUCUUCUCCUUGUUCCAGAAAGAUCGCAAAACGAAGAGCAUACCAAUCAUACAUACAUCAAGAGCAAUUGUCCAGUUAUAUCCAAUGAGGUAGCGUGGCGCGUCUACUGUCUUCCAUGCUCUUUGACAUGUUAGUC